GUCUUGUUUGCCCCACAAUCACCCUUUUAUUCUCUUCAGCAGCAUCGAGCACAGCACCACUCUGCCCAGGAUUGCCGCCAUGGCAGACAACAACAUCAAGUACUUCAUCUCCUCGGGCUGUCUGCCAGCCACCAUUAUUGCCAUCAAGACCUCGCCAAAAAAGACACAGUCCGAGGGCGAUUCGCUGAUCGAAUACGAGUACACAGAGCAGGUCGAGGGCUUUGUCGACGAAGGAGCAACGUCGACCCAUGCGCGGAGGGCGGAAAUACGUGCCAUUAAGGACGGCAUUGUUGGCAAGAUCCAUGUGAAAAAAGGAGACGUUAUCGAGGACGACAGCAAAGUCCUGAUGGAAUACAAAGGCUGUGACCAUGACACACAGUACGAGGGCAUCUGUGUCGAUUGCUGCAAAACGGUGCCUAGGAACCUGAAAUCCCAUGUUAACAUGACACACGACGCAACAUCGCUGAGCGUCAGUCGUACGGAAGCGAAACGUCUAGAGCAUGUAACAGCAGAGCGACUCCUGUCAGAGGGCAAACUCUCAUUAAUUGUAGAUCUGGAUCAAACCCUUAUUCACGCGACUGUCGGGACAGCUAUUGACGGAUGGAUUAACGCUCAAGGGGAGAUGCCCCAGGAUAUUCGAAUGUUCCCACUACCAGACAGCCCCACACCGUAUUACAUUAAACUGAGACCUCAUCUAGAAACCUUUCUGCAAAGGAUCACAAGUCUUUACGAAUUGCACAUCUAUACCAUGGGAACCAGGAAUUAUGCAGCGGCUGUUGCGAAUUGCAUUGAUCCAGAUGGCAAAUUGUUCAGCCAGCGUAUUCUAUCACGAGACGAAAAUUCCAGCAUGACCCAGAAAACAAUCGAGCGACUCUUCCCCUGUGAUACCUCUAUGGUCGUAGUCAUUGACGAUCGAGCCGAUGUUUGGCAGUAUUCUCCCAAUCUUGUCAAAGUGCAUCCAUACGAAUACUUUGUGGGUGCAGGGGAUAUCAAUGCUGGACACUUACCAAAACAAGAGCCUGUGGUGAAGUCAGAUUCGGUCCCCGUCGUAAAACCAGCAGAGGUUGGCUCAUCAUCGAAGGAAGCGUUAACAGAGGAGUCGUCAUCAUCUUCUGCGACUGACUCAUCAUCUAGCGCAGAUGCAUCGGCGUCCGCGACUAGUUUGUCAUCCAAUCCGGAUGCAUCAGCUGUAAAAUCAGAUUUCUCGCAGGCAACUGCACCGACAAAACCAGACGAAGCCAACAAGGCAACCAAGCCAAAGGCGCCAGUGACGGAUGAUAACGAUAACGAACUGAAGUACAUUUUGGAGGUCCUUGAAACAAUUCAUGAACGGUUUUAUGAUGCGAGAGAGCAAUUUCUACAAGGAGAAUCCAAAAGGAAGGCCGAUGUCAAGGCCAUUAUUCACGACAUGAAGAAAAGUGUCCUGCGAGGAGUCAACCUGGUCUUUAGUAGCGUGAUUCCAUUAGGACAGGCUCCUGAGCGGGCGGACAUUUGGAGACAGGCCCAAAGUUUUGGAGCAGAAUGCUCAUACAAUCUCAAUAAGAAUGUCACCCAUGUUGUUGCCGCCAAGCCCGGAACCGCUAAAGUGAUGCAGGCACGGAAGCGCAGGGAUAUCAAAGUCGUUCGACCAGAGUGGCUGUAUCGUUCAAUUGGAAAGUGGCAAAGGCAGGAAGAAUCAGAUUACCCGCUGCUGGAUGGGCCUGGCAAGUCCGCGAUAAUGUCGACAACGCCACCGCCAACAGAACUGGAGGAGGAGGUGGACAUGGGUGCAGUGGAAGACGAUCCAGGAAGCGUCUCCGAGGGUAUGGAUGAAAAUCACCGUCCCCUGAGCAUAGACAAAGACAUGGUGAAUGAGCAUCUGAAGAGUGUGGACUGGGAUGAUUUAGAUAAAGAAGUCGAGGACUUUGUUGGGGAUUUGGACGACACUGAUUUUGACAGUGAUACGAGUACACACAGCAACGCGCAGAGUGACGCCAGCACAGAUGGUGGCCGGUCGCCACUUGUGAACCUGAAGCGAACACGGAUACCACGCAGGUCUGGCCUAGGUGCGUCAGUAACCUAUGGGGGCGGCAGCGAUGACGAAGAUGAUGAGGAUGACGCUAAUGCCUUGACGACGGACAACCUUGGUAUGGGAAGGAUGGAUGGUGUAGAGGAUAGUAAUCAGAGUCAGGACGACAGUGAUGGAGACAUUGACGAGGAAAAUGGCUCUGAUGGUGAAGAUAGUGUUGCCGGGAGUGAAGUGCUCAGUGACGGAGAGCAACCAGUGAGACAAAGCAAACGAAGGCGGUUGGUUGCGGAGAAUGGAAAUAUCGCGGCACACUUAGCAUUACCAGGUGGCCCUGAAGAUCUUGGUGCAGACAACGAGGCGGAUAUGGACGCAGACGACGAGAUCACGAUGGACCAUUCAUCGACGAGGGACGGCGGAGACGCAGGAGAGGAAGAAGACGACGAUGACGACUUUUUGAACGAUCUGGAGAACGAUAUUGAUGCACAACUGAACGAGGAUGAUGAUGAGGAGGCAUAGCCUUGGCCAGCAAGCGCCAUUGUCGAUUGUGUCCAUUGUAGUUAGUAUGCCGCUGCCAUGUCAUUGCCAUUGUAUUCUAGCCAUAUUCCACUUUCACUUCGCUACUACUUCUUUUUAUUUGAUGUAGACCGGUAAAUGACUUUGGUUUCCUUUGAAGUCGCACCUUUUCCUCCUUUUGCU